UACUUUUAAAUAAAGAGAUCGUUGAGUAAUAUAAUGUAACCUCACCGUUGAGGUUGAGGUACCAUCUUCUGCAAGACAAGGUUAUGCCUUUCUUAUCUUGUAAUCUUGGUACAGGUGUACAAAAAAUAAAAAUCACAGUUGUCGAAUGAUCGGCGGAUGAAGACAAGCCGGUACAAAAGGAGGCUGGCGGCGAUCUCAUUCCUAAGCAGCAUCUCGCUGGAUGGAACUCCGAGGACGAUCGCCGCCUUCCUGGCCAAGCCGCAGGAGGAGGAGGUUCGUUACGAGGACAAUUUGGACGCUUCGCCUUUGAUAGAGAACAACCAAAACGGGCUUAAAUCCUGUAAAAGCGUCUCACCGACGGUCAAGUACAACCAGGACAGCUAUCUCAACUCUUACAAUGAGAGUCACAUCCUCAUGUCCAAGUUCCUCGAAUCGGAAGGGCAGACCAACUUCUUUGCUUUACCGUUUCGAGAAAGGACUAGCACGAUUGGAAGCGAAUACGGAAGUGAGAUACACUACAGCGGGAUACACUAUAGGAAACGCCUUCUGCAGCAAAUCCCGGACGACAAACUGCAAGGGAUUUUCAGCAGCUCUGAAAGCAUGGUUUCUGCUGGGGGCAAACCGAAGGAGGUCUCGUUCUUGAAGGUCACUAAAGGUCAUAAGUUCAAGGGGCAGCGUUUGGUUAUUGUGUCGCCUUCCCUGAAGAUCCCUAUUGCCAUUUUCUCUGUCGUUCCUUACCACCGUUUUCGGGGUGACAUAAAGAAUCAACUGGGAGUGAGAAGACGUAACACAUCCGGGCCAAGACCCCUCUCUGCAAUUAAUGACGCUGCGGACCCAUGGGCUCUUUUGGGCAUAGAAAAAGCUUCUGAUGGACAAGAAAUUUCUUAUGGACAACUGUUAGCCCCAUCUAAACAUAUAAGAAAUUUGGAAGCUGGGGACAUAAAAAUUCACCAUCCUUUAGCAAGAUGUUACUCAAAUGAUUCUUCAGCACUUAGACUCUUUCCGGGCUCACCACCUGUCUGUAGUGAUAAGUCAUCACAAGGAGGUCUCGAUGUUUCAGAAUAUGAACCCAAUGUUUUGGACGAUCCAGAAUUAAUUGCUGGAAAGCAUAAAAGGCUUUUACCAUUUUCUUCUUAUACGACUUCAGUGAUUCUUUAUGUGAGGGCUGCUGAUUUGAAGAAAGAGCUCAACGAUAAGUUCAAAGAAAAAUUUCCACACAUAGGUCUCACGCUCAGCAAACUUAGGAGCCUGAAGAGGGAAAUGCGGAAAAUCGCCUCGCCGGACUUCCUCACAAUAGCCUAUUCCUAUGUUUAUUUUGAAAAGCUUAUUUUUAAAAAUUUAAUCAACAAACAAAAUAGGAAGCUCUGUGCUGGUGCUUCUUUAAUACUGGCUGCCAAACUCAAUGAUUCAAAAGGAGAUUGUUUAAAACAGUUAAUUGAGAAAACUGAAGCCGUCCUCCGUCUAAAUAAAAGGGACCUUUUGUCAUCAGAGUUCGCUGUUUUAGUUGCACUCGACUUUGGUCUGCAUGUGCCUACUUAUCAAGUUCUACCUCACUACCACAGACUACUCUCUGAAACAUAGUGUUUGAACUGAAAUUUUAUCUAUUAAAAAAAUUAUAAUUGUUUAAAAAGAAAUUACCAUUCGAUGUGUUUCAUAUAAGAAUUUCAUCCUGUAUGAGAUCAUCAUAAUGUUACCAACUUUAAAAUUAUUGUGAUAUUUUAGAUGGUAAUUUAAAGAUAUUUGUAUUAAAAAUAAAAAUUUGUUAACAAGGGGGUUGGGAAUCAGAUACAUUAUUUAAACAAAAGAAAUCAUAUUUUUUUGGUUUGAUUUAUGAAUUUACAUAUUUUAUUUGUUUGAUAUAAAAAAAUCUUUCAUUCUCUCUUAUAUUUUUAAUAGUAAAAAAAUAUUAUAUGACUGAAUAAAUAUAAUUUAAGUUUAUAAAAAUGCACAAUGACAUAACCACAGGAAAAAUGUUUAUCUAUAGGAAGUUUAUGAAAUAAUUAUUCAAUCUGUAAAAGUGAAUAUGUGCAGCACAAUAUUUUAGACAUCAUUGACUUAAACAAAACCAUUUGUUUUGGAAAUAACACUGCAAUAAGAUAAUAAUAACUUAAUUAUGUUUUGUUUGUUUUGUGACUAUAUAUUAUUAAACUGUACUUUUGAAAUCAUGGACCAAUGCUGAAAACCAUUCCAUUGAUGAGUAAAGUUACAGGAAAAAUAAUUUCUUAAUUAAGUUUACACUUGUGAAUUAUUUACAAUAUGUUAUUUUACUGUUUUAAAUAAUGUAUUAAUGAAAUUAGCAAUAUAAGACAUUUUGAUAGAUAUUUGUAUAUAAUAAAGAAUAGUUCCUCUGUUGUAAAGCAAUAAAAAUGGUGAUUCAAUGUACAAAUUUGUUUUUAAUUGUUAAAAAAGUGCUUUGUGGUUUUCUUAAAUAACAACUAGUAUGUAUUCGUUUAUUACAUUGAAGUACCUGAACUCAAUGGUAAAAUGUUCUGUUAGUCAACAUUUGUUUUUAUUUUCUUGUUUUGUAAAAAACAAAACACAAUAAAUAUUUUUGCCUAUUUGUUAUUUCAAA